GACGAAGGAAGAGGAGACGAGGAGUUCUGUGUUUCAAAAGUUAGAACUUUGGGAGUUGACCUUUCUUGUUCUUUAGUUAGUUCGUAAAUUAAUUUAUUAACUUAAGUGAAGUUAUUAAACUUGAAAAGAUGGCCUUAUUCACCGGUCGUUUAGCCGCCGUCAUCGCCAAGCAGUUGACUGCUACCGCACCACAGAUAAGCAGCUUAUCAUGGCCGGCAAGUCAAAUCGCCAACAGGAAACUCCAUGUAUCAUGCAGCAGCCGAGCUGCCGAAAUAUCCUCUAUUUUAGAAGAAAGGAUAUUAGGCGCUGCGCCAAAGAUCGAUUUAGAAGAAACCGGACGUGUAUUGAGCAUUGGUGACGGUAUCGCUCGUGUCUAUGGGUUGAAGAACAUCCAAGCCGAGGAGAUGGUGGAAUUCUCCUCCGGUUUAAAGGGUAUGGCUUUGAAUUUGGAACCCGAUAACGUCGGUGUUGUAGUAUUCGGUAACGAUAAACUCAUCAAAGAAGGCGAUGUCGUCAAAAGAACCGGUGCUAUUGUCGAUGUACCCGUCGGUGAAGAUUUAUUAGGACGUGUCGUAGACGCUUUAGGAAACGUUAUCGAUGGUAAAGGACCGUUGACUUCCAAACAAAGGUUCCGUGUCGGAAUCAAAGCUCCCGGUAUCAUCCCUCGUAUCUCCGUAAGGGAACCUAUGCAAACUGGUAUCAAAGCCGUAGAUUCGUUGGUACCAAUUGGUCGUGGUCAGCGAGAACUUAUCAUUGGAGACAGACAAACUGGUAAAACUGCCUUAGCUAUUGAUACCAUUAUUAACCAACAACGUUUCAAUAACGCCACCGACGAAAAGAAGAAAUUGUACUGUAUCUACGUCGCUAUUGGACAGAAAAGGUCAACCGUCGCCCAAAUCGUAAAACGUUUAACCGAUUCUGGUGCCAUGAAAUACACCAUUAUCGUCUCAGCUACCGCUUCUGAUGCCGCUCCUUUACAAUACUUGGCUCCUUAUUCCGGCUGCGCCAUGGGAGAAUUCUUCAGAGAUAACGGCAAACACGCUCUUAUCAUCUACGACGAUUUAUCCAAACAAGCCGUCGCUUACCGUCAAAUGUCACUGCUUUUGAGAAGACCUCCAGGUCGUGAAGCCUACCCCGGAGACGUCUUCUACUUGCAUUCCCGUUUAUUGGAGAGAGCAGCCAAGAUGAACGAAAGCUGCGGCGGUGGCUCAUUGACCGCUUUACCAGUCAUCGAAACUCAAGCUGGUGACGUAUCGGCUUAUAUUCCAACCAAUGUAAUUUCGAUCACUGACGGACAAAUCUUCUUGGAAACCGAAUUGUUCUACAAGGGUGUCCGACCAGCCAUCAACGUCGGUUUAUCCGUAUCUCGUGUAGGAUCUGCUGCCCAAACUAAAGCCAUGAAACAGGUGGCCGGUUCCAUGAAAUUAGAGUUGGCUCAAUAUCGUGAAGUAGCCGCUUUCGCCCAGUUCGGUUCCGAUUUAGAUGCCGCUACCCAACAGUUAUUGAACCGUGGUGUUCGUUUGACUGAAUUAUUAAAACAAGGCCAAUAUGUACCAAUGGCCAUUGAAGAGCAAGUCGCCGUUGUCUACUGUGGUGUCAGAGGACAUCUUGACAAAUUAGACCCAACAAAGAUCACCGCUUUUGAAAAAGAAUUCUUACAACACAUGAAAACUAAUGAAAAAGCUAUAUUAGAAGAUAUCGCUAAAGAAGGUAAAAUCACCGAACCCACCGACGCUAAAUUGAAGACCGUAGUAACCAAUUUCUUGGCCAGCUUCACGGCAUAAGUUAUUGUUAUUAAGAAAUGAUACGAUAGUAAUAUGAAUUCUAUGUUUUUGUUGUUGUUCCGUUGUAGAGCGUUUGCAUUUUUCGCUUCUAAAUAGCUGAUAUGUGUAAAAUCGGUUUUCAGUUAUUCUGAAUAAUAUUUUUUGUACAUUGUAUCGAAAAUAAUAUUUAAAAUCAAUUUUUGUAAGUAUUCUAAGAUCCAAUAAGAAAAAUAAAGUUUUACUGUACA